UGCCUUUUUUGCCCGAAAAAUAAGUGCUUGUGACAUGACACAAGAUUAUUCUGACAGGAUGACGUUUUAGGGGUGGGUUGCAUCUUGAAGGCUACGCGCGCAAGUGAGACCCGCCUCUCCUCCGCACUGUGUACCCUUUCUGAGAGGAUGUGUGUGUCUGCUGUCAUUGCAUUCAGCAGAUAAAUCACACUGCAGCUCAGACUGGGUGUCCUGAUUUGGCUUUGAACGCUGUGGGCCAGGUAAUACUCUGGAUGCAUCUCUGCAUUAUAAUCUCCCGCCGCUGUCAAGCUGAAAACGGACGCACAGGUGGAUUUGCGAAACUGAUGGAGUGAUGCUUGAAUAACAACACAAGCGACGGGGAUUAUCGGCAAACGCACGUCCCGUGAACCGGUUUUCAAAAACAAGCGUUCAAGACGGACGACGUACAAGAACACAGAGGGAGAAUCCGUGGGAAGAUGCGGGAACGGGACUUCAUGCCAAACAUGGAACGGGGUAAACCUGCCACCUACACGGGAGACAAGAAGGCAAAAAUGGCUGCUAAAACCAAUAAAAAGUGGGUGAGACUGGCUACUGUCUUCGCGUAUGUCUUGUGCGUGUCUUUAGCUGCUGUAAUACUGGCCAUUUAUUACAGUUUGAUAUGGAAACCGACGUCUGGCUCUCCAUCUGGACGAUAUGAUGUUUUAAUACCCAUUAACCCAAAUAAUAUCACACCUAGUGAUGUCUCAUCAGUGAGCAAGACUAACAGUUCUUCACCGGUCAACCUAAGGUCAACGGAGAUGCCCACUGUGUCCCCGGUGGAAAAAUUCAUUGGGGAUAGAGGCCUUUCAACAACACAGAAUUCACAAUACACAGAACCGCUGGACUCAGAAUUGAGGGAAGAAAAAACGGAACAUUUUAAUACAGCUCAAGUUUCGGAGGGUAGCAUUCCCGUAGCAGGUGCAUCAAGUGAACCCUUUACAUCCAUAAGGCACCAAGACACAAGAAACAUGCAUCACGGUUCCGGCGUUGACACAGCAGAGAAUCAGCCCUUGGACUUCAUUCGUACCCAUGAGCCACACAUCUGGGAUCCAGCCUCUACGAACAAGAAUUUAUUUCAACAGCCCACAACUGACCAGGUGUCUUGGACAUCCGAUAUCUCCUCUUUGACAGACCGUGGACUUGAAUUUAUAGAGGGCUCCUCUCCAUCGGAAGAAGGUUUGUUGACCAAGGACACAGACGAUGCAGGAAUUGGUGUGUGAUACCAAAUCACAUGACAUUAAUGGCGAUGACUGUGCAGUGAAAGAAAUGACAAAUGAGACUGUGAGGCAAAAACUUGUUAGCCAUGCUUUUUUAGUGUUCAAAAACAUACACUGUUUUGACCAACCUGCUUUGGAAAUCUCUUAUAAAGGUUAUUGUAUUAUAGGGUUUAGCAUAAUUCUGAAUAACACUUUACAAAGAACAGAUGGGAAUGAGCUUGAACGAGUUGAUCAAACACAUUGCCUAUUAAAUUGUGCUCAGGUUUGAAAUGACUGGAAAGUAAAAAACACUGUGCUUAGAUCACCGAUGUUGACAUUUAAAUAUGCUAUAUUUUGUGGGUUAGAAAAUACAGAUAGCCUAUAAGGAAAACAUUAAUAAACAUAUAUUUUUAUGCAGGCGUCUGUGUUUGAAGACAAACCACAUUAUAUAAACAUACGUUAUACUAUCUGGCUAGACAAUAUAAAUGUUUGACAAAAAUGUAUCAAAAUCACCAUCUUUUAAUCUGUCACCUAAAGCCUUUUUAUUUAUAUUUAUGCAAUGUAUAGUUAUUAUCAUGUGUUUUAGAAAAAUAUGCCUAAUGAUGCACUUAGGAGCACUUAUAUUUAUUUAAACUAAUAAUUAAAAUAAUUCAUAUGUAGUUAAAUUAAA